GAAAGUGGGCUGAACAUCCAUGAUUGAACUCCAGUCGCCGGCGGGGAAGAACAACGAGGGGUAAACUCGGGACACUCUCAGUCAUUGGUGUAGGAGACACUGUUUUCCCAAGAGUUCCCACGGAUGAGGUACUGAACCUUCGUCCGGGAGGGGAGUGGGUGUUCUCGGCGGCGACGGCUGAGAUAAUCAGUUCAUCCUCGUUGACUCACUCGCAAGUCUGGCCAGUCUCUCCAGGUAACUAACUCUCUUCCUUCCGUUCAUAUUUAACCUUGGUCCCUCGGUGGCAUUCUCUUCUCUUUUUCUUUUCCUUUCUUCUGUCCAUCUCCAAUCUUCUCUUCCUUCUCGCAGCAAUUCUGCCAAUCUCCCCCUCAAUUCCUAUCACAAUGGCUGCUCAACAGAACGGUGCUACCGACAGCUUCACUGUCAAGGCCGGUUUGGCUCAGAUGUUGAAGGGUGGCGUGAUCAUGGACGUUGUCAAUGCGGAGCAGGCUCGCAUUGCUGAAGAGGCUGGCGCCGCCGCCGUCAUGGCCCUCGAGCGUGUUCCCGCCGACAUAAGAGCCCAGGGUGGUGUGGCCCGUAUGUCCGACCCGGGCAUGAUCAAGGAGAUCAUGGAGGCUGUCACCAUUCCUGUGAUGGCCAAGGCCCGCAUUGGCCACUUCGUCGAGUGCCAGAUCCUCGAAGCCAUUGGCGUCGACUACAUUGACGAAUCCGAGGUCCUCACCCCCGCCGACGAUGUCUACCACGUUACCAAGCACGGCUUCAAGGUCCCCUUCGUCUGCGGUUGCCGUAACCUGGGCGAGGCUCUCCGCCGCAUCGCCGAGGGCGCCGCUAUGAUCCGUACAAAGGGCGAGGCUGGUACCGGGGAUGUUGUGGAGGCUGUCAAGCACAUGCGCACUGUCAAUGCCGACAUUGCUCGUGCUCGCGCCAUCCUGCAGUCCUCUGCCGACCCCGAGCCCGAGCUCCGUGCCUACGCCCGCCAGCUGGAGGUCCCGUACGAGCUUCUGCGCGAGACCGCUGAGAAGGGCCGUCUCCCCGUGGUCAACUUCGCCGCUGGCGGUGUUGCCACUCCCGCCGACGCGGCGCUCAUGAUGCAGCUGGGUUGCGACGGCGUCUUCGUCGGAUCUGGUAUCUUCAAGUCUGGUGAUGCCAAGAAGCGCGCCAAGGCCAUCGUCCAGGCCGUGACUCACUUCAAGGACCCCAAGGUCCUGGCUGAAGUGAGCGAGGGUUUGGGCGAGGCCAUGGUCGGUAUCAACGUUGCGCACCUGCCUGAGGCCGACAAGCUGGCCAAGCGCGGUUGGUAAGCGGUGUCGCAUGUACUGUACAUGUCCUGUUUUCCUUUUUCUUCUACCAUCGCGCGGGCGUUUUGAGAGAUAAAAAGUUGGGACAGCUGGUCAGCUUUCAGCAUUAGAUAUCUUUUUCCUCCUACCCAUUCUCACUGUACAUUCAAAUCCAUACCAGCAAUGAUGAGCAUUCUUUUCCAA